AUGACGAAGGUUACAACUGCAACGGAGGAGAUGUCUGAUCUUCGUCGUUUGUGUUCCAUAGCAAUAAGAGCCGCGAAUUCGCAGACCACCGAUGGUGCUGAUCGGUGUUUUGAUAUACUUUGUUACUUGAAGAAAUUGAGUUUCUGCGCAAAGGAUCUUGUCCGCGUGUCUAAAGAGAUAUCUCUUUUGGCUAUUCUCAAAGAUCAUAGAAACCCUAAAAUCAGUACGGAAGCUAAAGCCUUGUUCCUCUCCUGGAUGAGAACUCUUUAUUCCAGAGACCCUUCUACUUCCAACAACACGAGGCUCGUUAAGAAGACUCCUGCAGCAGAUCUUGUUGCGAAAGUGUGUCCAGAUUUGAAGAAGAAGAUAGUUAAAAGAUCUGUGACUGCUCGUGGUAUUGCAGCAGAGACUAAGAAAACGACGGCAGAUCAGAGGUCUAGGGUUCUUGAAGUGUGUCACAAGAAACAAUAUAAUCUGAACAAGGCUGGUGUUUUGGCAGCGAAGAAACCAAUACAGAAGAAGAAGCAACCUGCUGCUCUACCUGAAAACCCUAGAUCGGUGGCUCAUGAAGCGGUAGCGAUUAAGAAGCAAGAGUCUGGUCCAGCGGCCGUGAAGAAGAACUCAAGAGAGAUGUUGGAGCUGUUUGAAAUAGCUGAGAAAUCUGCAGAUAAGGCUAGUGCAAAGGGAAUUCUCCUGUCUACAAAAGAGACAUCGAUCUGCGUAGACACACUCUCUUUGCUCAAAGACGAAUUCACCAUCAGCUCAACGGCUCCGGAAACGAAGAGGAUCAUGAAGAAGCUUUCCUAUCUUACAAAGCACAAGGACCGCAAAAUCUGCCAUUCCGCAACAUCACUUCUUCAACAUUGGAGGCAGAGUAUAUAA